AUGGCAUCUUCAAAGAAGCUAGUGUGCAUAAAAUUAUAUGGUACUGCUCUUCAUCGCGUGGAAGGGGCACGCGAGCAGCCGGGUGGUUCACACACUACCUUGACGACCAUGGUAUAA